AUGGCCGACGCAGAUGCUUUAGACCUCAGCGACCGCGCCCGCGAGGCCGCCAAUGAAUUUUUCAGCGAGAUCUUCGGCACGGUCGAACGUGCUUUCUUCCGCUUCUUCAAGAAUCUCUACAACUCCUUCGCAGAAGUCAGCGUGUCGCGCUGGUCAAAGGUCAUCGGCAGUGUGAUCUUCUACGUGCUUAUCCGGCCGUAUAUUGAGAAGUUCUUCAAAUUCCUGCACGACCGCGACCGCCGCAAGGAGAAGGAGAAGAAAGAGGCCGAAAGGGCCAAGCUGGGCGGAAAGAAGGCCAAGAUGUCUGCCAACUCGCUGCGCGGCGGUGAUAAGGGCAAGGUUAUUGGUGAAGUUGAGAACACGGAUGAUGAGGUUGAGGAUGAGGAGGAGGAUGAGCUUGUUGAGGCCAGUGGUGUUCCUGAGUGGAACAAGAUGGCCCGCAAGCGCCAGAAGAAGUACAUUAAGAACUUGCAGAAGAAGGAGGGUCCUAAGGCUGAGAAGUUCACUGAGGAUGAGAUUAUGGAGUUGUUGGACUGGAGCGAGUCUGAAGAUGAGAAGAAGUCGAAAUAG